AUGGAUACGCGCAUUUUCUCGUGUCCCAUCUGCGGAUGGAUGAUCUAUGACCAGGCGGGUUCGGUCUCAUGGAGGAACGAGUUUCGCGGUCUCUGCACGAGUUCGGAAGGUCUUAUGCUGACCGGGGUCGGUCGGUACACCGACCCGACCCGAGGAGCUUUCAUCGCCCCCCGGAAUCCAAGCGCUCGAUGGGAUGACCCCGGCUAUGAGAGCCCAGACGAAGAUCAAUUCGGUGCGAUGAGCCAGCCGGAAAUCAACGGCAAGCGUGGUUUGAUUUUCCAUGCCGCAUGCUGGUCUCUGCUGGAGCAAGCAUUCUAUCCUAACCCGGUUCCGCAUGACAGGCUGUUCGAAGUUUGCGAUUCUCUACCGUAUGUCAUGGACGGAAGCAGUCUGAAUUGGGGCCAUGAUUACGGAGGACUCGCCAUCCUCAAAGACAAGGAGUUCUUUCCUUGGGAACCGCGGUUUGCAGAUCGCUACUUCCCAGAGGGGAUCUACCAUACUGCCUACAGCGUCGAUCCCUUUCCCGUGGCCGAAGUCGAGCAGAUUCUGACCGAGAGACCUCAGGCGCCUCCAGUGAUGUUUACUAGUAGUUCGUCGGUUCCAAAAGCGGCCGCGUUUCCGGGCCAUGACCCAUUCAACUCGCUUCCCGUGGAGCUAUGCUCAGCCAUCGCCGAGUAUCUGUCGACGUCAGAUGCCUUGAACGCUCGUCUGUCGUCGAGGGCGUUCUGGCACUUGUUCGACAGCCAGCAGUUCUGGGCAUCGCGGUUCAAAGCCGGCUCGGAUCGCUCGUGGCUCUUCGAAGUCCGAAAUCAAAAGGACGGUAGAAACUGGCGCUGGCUGUACCAUCGCACCGCCCUCAACCGUGUCAAGGAGGGCUUGCUGAACAGGAGACGGAUAUGGGCUCUUAUUCAGGGCAUCAAGGCCAUUUUGGAGCUGCGCUGGAGAGAGCUGCCCGCUGACCUCCCACCAGCCUGGCACCUGGAUCCAGAGCAUGAAGGGGAAUGGGUGCUUGCGGCGGGCAGUGUGCGGGAGGAACCCGAGGGCUUUAGCCAACUGGAGGAAGGUUGCCGACGCUUCAAGAGCCAAAAGCUCAGGAUCGCAGGUCAUAUUUCUCGCAUAGCCGUGUCAACCGUCCGUCUUGGCAGUUUGGAGUAUAUUGCUGGAAUAUCGCUUACGACUGCCGCGGGCGAAGUUGUCCGGCUGGGAUACAGUAACACAGCGGAACGGUCUGUGCACCUCGCCGGGUUGGCCGGUUUCCGGUUGGCGGUCGGAUUACACGGAAUCCAUGGUCUUCAAUGCAUUGAUGCACAAACGUGGGAACCCACCGCCUGGCUGGGGAAUCCUGACGGCGCGCCCAGGACUGAACGAGCCGUCGGGAAGGCCGAGGUUACGGCGCUUGAGGUUGGCUUCGAUGCAUUCAAAUUGGUCAGCAUUGCUGUUAACAAGCAGCCAGACACCACCACCACCGAACCACCUGAGCAAGAUAAACUAAGGCACUCGGCACUAUGGUAUCCAGACGUCCCGCCCCCAGCCGUGGGCCUGAACGAGGAUUGCUUCAUGCCGCUCCCACCCUACACAAACGGAUUCAGGCCGCUGUUCUGGACUCGUUUCGGCGGGCCCGAGGGCCGAUACCUCCGAAAUCUGACCAAGGUCACCGUCCGCCUUUUCCACGGUUUACGCCGCAUCGACUUCUCCUUCGACACGGAGGAGGUCCCCACUGGCUGCCGAAGCUUCGGCCGGUAUGGGGAUACGGAAGACUUAGAAGCGAUUGAGUUCCCGAUAGAUGGACCGAGAGGGGAGGUCAUUGACCGGGUCCAAAUCUGCCAAGUAUACCCCCCUAAGGGUUCAUACGUUGCUGGCUGGAUCCAUGCCGAAGGCGCGCUGAAGUGGCUCAAGUUGUAUACGAACCGCGGAAAAACGGGCGAGGUCCGCACCCGGGUCAGAUGGCGGAGCAACGAAUGGAAGGUCAGGGACAUCUCAGUGGCCCCGGGGAGUGCGAUCACCGGCCUUUUCGGUGCCCAGUACCGCAAUCAUGGAUUACCCAUCACGGUCCUGGGCGUUAUGACUGAACCUAUACCAAACAUGGGAGCAGGGGGAGCAAAGGUGAGCUUAGAUCGAUAA